AUGCGGCGUGCUGCUCUUGCCGGCUCUUUGGUCCGCCUCAACUUGGUGGUAAAGAAGCAGCAGCAGCAGUAUCGCUUCAGCGCGGCAGGAAGUAAGGGCUCACCGGGUCUCGUAGAUCACUGUAAGUUGUUGCAAAAAAUCCAUAUGGACCAGCAGCCGUACCACGUGAAGCGAAAACGCAUUCAAGGUGUUCUUCGGAAGAUGGAGACAAAUUACAUUCAUUGGCUGAGAGAAUGCGGGACAAAGGAGUCUCUUUUAGUGCUUGAGACACUAGCAGGGGUGUCAAGUUAUCUUAAAAAGGGCCGUUCCGCCACGGUAAAUGUCCAACAACGGGAUAAGGAAGAGGGGGAGGAGUGGACCGGUGCGUCACCGUACUUUUUGCCAGGCGUCAAUGAUUGGCUGUGUGUUCUUUUGGAGCGUGGUGCGCGACACGCGUCACGUCCCGACGAGUGUAUGACUUUGCUGUGGGCCGCGGCUGAACUUGAGCUUGCCGAUACACCGACGCUGCAACAUCUAUGUCGCCAGUUGUUGAAGGAAGAGUACACAGGAAGUGCAGCUCCAGGGGAACUAGUUCGUGUUAUUCAACUGGUCUCACUGCUUGUAAAGCGCUGCAGAAUGCCAAUUCCUCAAAUCGAUUAUCUUCUCUGUCGUUUGUCUGCUGCUUCACUUGAUUCAAGAGAGUCAAUUAACGUUCUUUCUUCGCUGUUGCGCAUGCGUGCGAGAAACAGUGUGGAGGUGGUGCGAGCUGUCUCCAGGAGAGCCGUGGAACAUGUUGCAACGUACACUGCAAGGGAUGUUAUCUAUGCACUAGAGGCGAUUGCACUCCUAAACUGCUGCCAUGAGUCUUACGCAGGAGCAGUUCUUAACCGGUGCAUUGCCUUGCAUGCGGAGCUUAAACCAGCAGAGCUCGGGAGCGUCUGUAAGUAUGUGGCGAUGCUGAAUGUUUCACGGAGAAACAAUGAGACGGCAUUUUUUUGUUCGAAGGAGCUGCGUCGACUUCUUCCCGCUCUUUUACGUCGGGCGGAGCAAUUACUUGGUCGCUUUUCGCUUAGAGAUGCUCGCUGCGUGAUGGGUUGCCUGCAGCAGCACAAAGUCCAUCAUUCUGUUGUAUUUUCUCGUCUGACUCCUCUUGUCUCAGAGAAUUGA